GAGAGAGAGAGAGAGAGAGCUGUUUACAUAGUAAUACACAACUCCUGGGCCAAAGUAAAACGAGAGAGAACUUGUUUGGAAGAAUGCUGUCAUUCCUUUUCCAGACUGAAACGCACAGGGGGAGGGUCUAAUAGCUGGAAAGGGGAAGAGCGAAAGAGAAGUUACCGUUACAGUCAACUCUUACUUACUCUUACUCAGCCUGGACCAAGAGAAAAAAGGAGAACAAAAGGAAGAGGGGGAAGGAAAACGGAGAUACGCGUUGCAGCUGUAUUAACAGGAUAAAUACACAAAAUGGAGGACUCCAGCAGCAGUAAGCCGUUCAUGAUGACAUCCUCUUUGAACUUCAAAGUCACCACCCCGUCCUUCUAUAACCAGCCAAAGAAGUUUGCCUCUGUAGCACCACCACGGCCCAAAAGUGUGACGCCUCCCUCGGCUCCAUCACCUACACCUAUAGGCACAGCUGUGAUUGGUCGAGUGGGAGAUCUGCCUCCGCUUCCCACUUUGCUCUGUGAUGACUUCCCACCCCCUCCUCCUCCUCCACCUGAUGAUGAUUUGCCAGCCCCUCCCCCUGAAUGCCAAACCACACUCAAUUCCUUUGAGGUCCCUCCUCCCGCCUUCCCUGCUCCACCUCCAGUGGCAGAUGACCUUCCCCUCCCAGCUCCACCUGAGGAGAGGGCCUGUCCAGCCUCUUGCCCGUCUCCCCCUCCUCCCCCACCCCCUCCUCCUCUCCCUGCCUCCGGUACCAGUAUUCCCAGUGCAGCUGGAAACCCACCGAGACUGGUGCAGAAGCAGACUAGCUUCGACAAACAACUUGACUCUCUAACCGAUUUGCUGUCUGAGAUGGAGACCAGGGGACCUUUCAACCCUAAGUUACCGAGCCAGUAUUCGUCAGCAGCAGCACCUAAGGCCCCUGCUCCUCCCCCAACCGCUCCAAAACCAGCUCUCUCGUUCCUCCCCCCUCCUGAGAUGGGAGAUCGCCCACCUCCAGCGCCCUGGGCAGAAGAACUCAAAGCCAGAACAAACCGACAAGCCAAUCACAACUCUGCACCAAACUCUGCUGCUCAGCCGUUUGCUAAGGCCCCGGCUGUGGCUCCCAAGUCAGGUUUUGGAGGGAGAACGGCAACAUCAUCAACCUCUCUGGCACAAAAACUGAACCAGAACCUACACCAGAACAUCAACCCUAUCGAUGUUGCACCAAAACCUUCGCCUCCCUCUGCCACCAGCUCUUUUCCUCCACCUCCUACAGCUCCCCCUGCACCUCCUACUCCACCAAACAAUAUGGGGGCCGCCUCACACUCUAGUAACAUAAAGAGUUCUCCCUUUGCCAGUCAUGUGAAUGCAAACCAAAACCCUCACGCUGCUGUGCCUCCUCCUCAACCCAAGAUGACAUCUCCCCCCUCCUCUUUUAACCAACCAAUGAAAACUCCCCAUGCGUCACUGCCCUCUCCACCUGUCCCAGUGCCUAUCCCAGGUGGAGGCGUUCCGCUGAAUAUGAGGGAAGUGGAGGAGCUGGAGAGAAUGACCAAGGACUUCAUUAAAGAUAUGGACACACACGCACCUGUUAUCACCUCCCAUCCUACAGAGGUUUGUGGGAAGUGUGGCGAGGCUCUGUCUCGUACCCAGCCAGCAGUGAGGGCCAUGGAUAAACUCUUCCACUCCAACUGCUUCUGUUGCAUUGGCUGUCAUCGCCCCCUGCAGGGCAUGCAGUUCUAUGACAGGGAUGGUGCACCUCAGUGUGAGGACUGCUAUAUGAGUUCCCUGGCUGUGUGUUCCCGAUGUGGGGAGAAGAUCACAGACCGCGUGCUGAAGGCGAUGGGCCAGUGUUUCCACUCCCACUGUUUCCGCUGCACCACCUGUUCCUGCUCACUUGAGGGGGCGCCCUUCAUCACUGAUGACAACAACAACCCCUACUGUGUCCAGGAUUACCACAGGCGUUUCUCCCCUCUGUGUGUGAGCUGCAAUGAACCCAUUAUUCCUGCCCCGGGCAGCGAGGAGACAGUUAGAGUGGUGGCUCUCGACAAGAACUUCCACCUUAAGUGUUACCGUUGUGAGGAUUGUGCUCGCCCUCUCUCCAUAGAAGCAGAUGAAAAUGGCUGCUAUCCAUUGGAUGGUAGGAUCUUGUGUAUGAAGUGCCACACCCAGCGAGCCAAAAAAGCUGUGCAGUGAUUGGCCGAAACAACGUGACUCAGAUUAACUAUGAACCAAAAUCCAAAAGCACAGGAUUCAUUCAAGCUGCCGUUUUGCCUUUGCAGCAGGGCUUUAUUCAGUAUAUGUGCGCAGGUGUGAGUGUGAAUGUGCUGUGUGAAAAGGUAUGUUUGCAUGCAGAUUCAGUGUAGUAUUCCCCAUCUUUGUUCACUUAACUUCAGUGCAGAAGUAAUGUACUGCAUUGAAAUAAACUUCCCACAACCUUUUAUUCCCAAUCUCAAACUCUCCAAUGUCCCUCUUUGUGUACUAGAACAAAUUUUUUGUGCCAAUACUAUGUUUACGCUAAGGUUUUCAGCAUAACUUGCACAAGAGUUUUGUCAAAAGAGCAGUCUGAUGAAUAUAAAGUUGCCUUUCUUUGUCACUCGCCUCAGUAUUGUUAGUAGCAACAUAUACUGAGAUAUUUCCAUCGUAAGACUUUCACUGUCUGGUCUCUUUCCUUAUGCUACAUUGUUGUUACUGAGACAGAUUGUUACCAUAGGGUGAGGAGUACCAGAGGCCUCCCAUUUGACCACUCUGCAGAUUUCACCACUCUGGUUGGCUAUUGUGUAGAGCAUAUCUUUCACACUUUGGCAGUUGUGCCUGCAAGCAUGGUUUAUUAUGCUUUUUCUGACUACGUGAAGUGCUUUUUAUUAGCCAUCUAAUCCUACAGCAUUUUAAAGUCGACUAGGGCUAAACUUUGACUGCAAAAAAGAUAAACAGUGAAUGUUGCUCUUAGUUUUUUUGUGAUGUGAAUUUAUUAAUACACAGGCAUGCAUCUUGUUAGUCUCUCUUCUAUGAUAAUGAAUUGAUCAUCACAGACUGUAAAAGGGCAAGAUUAGAACAAAAAAUCUGCCAUUUUCUUCUCAAGCAGUUUAAAGCUGAAACAGUGUAUUUUUAGAUGCAUGCUUUUUGGAUGCACAAAUUAUGAACAAACAAGCAAGCACAGAUUCCAUUUCAGGGAUCUCAUAUUUUAAAAAACAAUGAGGUUAUAAAUUGCAACUGCAUGGUUGAAAGCAGGACCUAUCAUGAUCAUUGCACAGUUCCAUAGUGAAGUAAAAUAGCCUUUAAGUGUCACUUUGUUUCUAAAGCCCCCAGCACAUAAUCAAUUUUGUAUUAGUAGACACCAUCUAGAAACAUUGUAGUUUUUGAUAUGCAUUUUCUUGGAAUAUCUUACUUUAAAUAAUAUAAUUUUGGACCAUUUUCUUUCAAAGUAUUAAGGCUGUACCAGUACUCAAAUAGCAUGUUCUUACCGAUAAUAGAUCAGUAAAGGCAUUAGCUUAGAGUUUUAGUUAACAGAUGUUAAAACAUAGUGACCAAAUAUUUCAAAGCUGUUUGCAAGAUUAAGGUUAGUAAAACAGUAACAUGAGAUUCAAUGUUUUGACUUUCAUGUUUUUUCUCUCACUAUUUUUUGUUUGAGCCCAGAUUUUUGGUUUUGAUCAAUUUUAAUGUUACAGUACAUACCACUAUUCUUUCCAUUACUCAUCUUUUUUUACUUAAGUCUGUUCAUGUUGGUUAUAUACUUUUAUUCUUAUCUUACUGUACUGUGUUUCAUUGACAAAUGCUUACAAUUAUUUGGCUUAAUUUUGAACCUGGAGAUGUGCCUUCUCCGCUGUUCAUUUUGAAUGGAGCCCGGUUUGCAGCUACAGAAAUUUAUUCCACAAUAA